AUUCUAAAGGUUGGUUUAUUCUAAGCAUUGGUCUAAUAAUGACAGACUCAGACACUGGGGAAGAAACUGUAGUACAAGGAGGUCAGGAGAACAGAAGCCUCAGGAUGCUUUAUGUAUUUCAGGCAACAACAAAUGGAAAACAUGAGAGGCCAGUUAGCUCAACUCGUCUGACGUGAGAAGCAGGUGCUAGUGUUAACACUGACCCCGCAAUUCUGACCUCAACCUCCCUGCCCUUCUAUGUAAAGGAUUCCUUUACAGUGCUGUAUGCAUGUGACUUUGCAGAGUGCUGAGAAUCAGUGUUUCAUUUUUAGAUGUGUCAAAAGCCAUCUACUUUUGUUUCUGUUAGCAUUAAAAAUGGAUCUUUAUUAAGAAAAUUGACAUUCUUGAAGAUAAACAUUGCCAAUAAUACCCUUGACUAUCUUAAAAAUAUGUUCAACUAAGUGCUUACCAACACAUUAAACUUGGAGCUUCUCUUGCUACUGGUUAAAACAGGUUUUAAAAUACACAUAAAACAUAUCAGAAUCCAUGUUGUUUCUAGUACAGGACACUUGAAGAAAAAAGAGCACUUUUUAUAACUACCUAGGACUAUAAAGACUAUAACAAAGACUAAGUAGCCUCACUGAAAAGUCUCCCAUUUAAUUGCUUAAGUGAAGGUAUAUGGAUUGAAGAUGUAUUUAGAGUUCAGGCACAUGGACAUUUUCAUCAAUAGAGAACAUCAGUGGGGAGGUAUUCAAAUUCCUCAGUGUGAUUAGAAGCUAAACAUAAUAGGGUGCUUUGGAUUUCUUUAUUCAACUAACUCUGCUUUUCUCACUCUUAAAUUAUUUUACAGAAUGUAUUUUCUUUUAACUAUAUUUUUUAAGUGUGCAUUUGCACACCAGACCUUAAACAGACUUUAAAAUAGACCAGAGGUCUGUUUUCCAGUCUGUUCACAACUCAGCACAGUUUAGCUUUUCUCUUGCUUUGCAUCUAACUCACCUAACUCACCAACAUUGUUACCUAGUUAUUGUAGGUAAUGGGUUUAAUUAGGUAUAUAAGUAACAUCUUUCAGUGUGAUGUGAAAAUCACUAGAACAAUUUUUUUUCCCAUAACUAAUAACUUAAUAGCUAAUAGCUUAUUUUUCCAUAACCUAAAAUUUUGCAGUUUGCACAAUUUUAACUCCUGUUGCAUUCCACCACUAGAGACUGUUUUCGGGUUGAUCUGUAGUAUCUGUCCUCCUGUGGAUCAAAACAUGAUUCUCCUAGACUAUGAAAAAUUCCCAUUAUUAUUCUCAAGCACUGGUAACAAACUACACAGUUUUGUCUGAAAUGUAAGAAAACCUCUUCUCUUGCACUUCAGUAUCAGUGGAAGGACAGCAAGAGGGGAUGGUAAAUACUGAUCAGGCAUUUUGUGUGUGUGUGUGUGUGUGUGUGUAUGCAGAAGUAAGGUUGGAGGGUGAAAGAGGUUGGGGUGGGUGAGAGUGUUUAAUGGGCUGAGCUGGCCCAGCUGGCCUUGGUUUUUCCUAGGCAACCAUGCCAGUCACAUAACAUGGAGGAAGAGGAAGAAUAGAGACCAGAGACUUUCUAGGCUAAAAGUGAGUUAUGUAAAAACAAACAAACAAACAAACAAAAAAAGACUUUCUCCAAAUCACCAAAUUCCCAUACCAUCCGCGUCUGUAUUUUUACUAUUUGCCCCACACAUACACACAGGAUGGCAGCAGAAAACAAAUGAGUGUCUUAAAGUCUUAAAGAGACCCAAAGCAUAUAUUAGCAGAAGUUGUAAAAAUUCUACCUAAAUCCACCAAAACAAACACAAAUGAAUGUGCAUUUAUAUUAUUUAGCAUAUACAUUAACACUACUCCACACCAUCCUCAUAGCAAAAUACCUGCAGUCACGACACAGCUCUUCUGUCUCCCUGUAUUCUGCUAUGGAACAGACAGAUGGGCAGUGGGGGAUGGGAGAAAUAGGGGGAGGACAGUGACAGAUUCAAGCUAAAAAGAAAUGCUUUUGGUCUAAAGACACAUGAGAGCAAUUAACAUCACUUAGAGACAUCUGGAAUGCAACCAUAUUAAAAGCCAAUAUUAAUGUUAAGCUCUACUACAUUUUCACUGAGAGUUCAUGAGGCCAGAAUCCUUAAUAAAUCAGUGGUGGGAUUAGAGGAUAAAUCAGAGUUAGUUUUAUUUUGUUUUAAAAGCCAAACUGUGAAUUGUGCUUAGGUACAGAUUGUUUUUUAACCUUUAUAUAAAGAGACUGCACUCUUUUUUGGUUGCUGAUACAAUGAAACAUUAUUUCUUAAAGAUCAAUAGCUUGCAACACACACUGAUUGAACAGGACGUAGAUGACCUUGACAUUCUCAAAUGUUGAUUGUCUGAGUGGUGAGAGUUGGUGUUGUGGACCUGAGGGCACAUACAGCAGAGGGAUCAGGCAUGGAAUGUGUAUGCCCAUGUCUUGAAUAUGUUAUAAAUAUAUGUUUUGUAACUCAUUCACUCAAACAGAAUAUCCUCCACAAGGGGGGGCCACAGGAUUUGACAAAAGCACAUACACGCACGGAGCACUUUAUUAGGAACACUAUACUAAUACUGUGCCCUUUGCUCUCAAAACAGCCUCAAUUCUUCAUGGCAUGGGUUCCACAAGAUGUUGGAAACAUUCCUUUGAGAUUCUGGUCCAUGCUGACAUGAUUAAUAUAGUAUGACAUGAUCAUGUAAUUCUUGCAGAUUUUUCAGGUGCACUUUAAUGCCGCGAAUCUCCCGUUUCACCACAUCCCAACGGUGUUCUAGUGGAAUCAGAUCCGGUGACUGGGUAGGUUACUGAAGAACACUGAAAUCAUUGUCGUGUUCAUGAAACCAGUUUGAGAUGACUUUUGCUUUGUGACAUGGUGCGUUAUCAUGCUGGAAGUAGCCAUUAGAAGAUGGGUAAAUUAUGGUCAUGAAGGGAGGCACCAUUCUGAGUAAACUCUAGAGACUGUUGUGCAUGAAAAACUUAUGAUAUCAGCAGUUAUAGGAAACACUCAAACCUUACCUAACGAAUAAAACAUUACAGGAAAUUAAUCAAAGAUAAGGUGGUAUGAUGUGACCUGGCACACAACCAACCCUGGAGUUGAUCAUUUUUAAAUAAAAGCACAUCCUAAUGACUUUUAUUCAUUUUAUUCCUCUUGUACCACAGCAAUUUCCCCAACAGUAAGUCAUACAUUUUAUCUGUUUACAGUUACAUUUAAUGCUGUGAACUGUCUACAAAAUAAAAUAGCAUAACUUUAACAGCAAUAAACAACCGUUCCCUCACCAGUCUCACUUUUUUUCUCUAUCCUGAGGUUAAUAUGACAAAAAAAAAUGCAGCUUGUCUUGUUACCAAGAUACCAAACAAAGCCUUCUGUCUUGAAGAUUUUCCUGUAAACGGAAAACUUAAAGUUACAGAUUACCUCUGACUUUUACAAAGUCCUGACACUGACACAUUCAAAAGUGUUAAACAAACAUCUCACAGAAAAUUUCACCAUAUCAAAAAUUUGUUUUUUAAAUUUGUUUAUAUGUAGCGGCAUCCAUACAAGUCACUGUAAAUUGAUAUUACAGAAAUAAAAAUUGUAAAAAUGUGCACAUUAGUUUUAACUUGUGACUUGCCUGACAGACAGAACUACAGUCCAAGCCCUGAUGUUAUAGAUUGGGCUGUCCUGAAGAUUUUCCAAAAACAGCACUUUCUGAAGUGUUUCUUAUUUUUUUUUAAAGAACAACAUGCCAUACCUUUUAUGUUAUAGUUAUUUUUAAUGUUGUGGAAUGUCCACAUCCAGCACAAAUUGAUGACAAGUGAACCUGUUUCAAUACUGCUUUCACUAAUCAGAAAUCUCUAUACCAAAAUCCGAUUACCAAGUUUUGUACAGUUCAGCUAGUCUUUGGUGGUUUAUUUCCUAAAUAACAGAGUAUAUGUUGGAGUCUAAGCCUUAUUAACAACAAAUAUAUGUUGUUACAACAACAGAUAUAUGUUUUACAGAUAUAUGUACUGGCAGUAUAGUAUAGAUGCAGAGUUCUGCUAGUUUCACUUUCAUUACCAGUGGAAUAACCUAUUUAUUUGAAACAUCUCAACCAAAAUAUAUAUAUUUUAUGUAUAAAUAGAUGAAAUGGCAUCUGGUUUAAUGUGAAAUUUGAUAAUAAGACAGUUCCUAUCUGUAUUUUUGCAUCAUCAUUAAUACACAAUGAAUACUACUUAUACUGUGCAACCAUUAAAUAUACUGUAUGUACAUGGGUGGAUUGUAUAGUUCAUAUAGUUGCCACCUUAUGGCAAAAGAGAUUAUAAUGCAAACACUUUGUAAAAAUAAAGCUAAAUUCUUUUAAUUUAUUAACUUUUAAAGAAUGUUUUUGAAUUGUUGAAUUCAGUGAUACACUCCAAACACCACAGCAACGUACUAAUUUAUAUAUCUGUUAAAGUCACCCAAAACCUGGUUUUCAGACCAUAUUAAGUUAAAUGAGAAACAGUGAGGUAAGGUUAGUUUACUCAUGGAAUUUGGUUAUUUAGAUAUUAGCAUGCUAAACUAGGGGAGAGGCAUUUUCCUGAUCAGCUCAAACAGCCUCUUAUUUGAAAUCAGUGUUUUCUGGCCUGUUUUUGUGCACACACAAAUGUAAAGACUUGGGAGGGUAGUUUCGGUUAUUGAAAUAUCCAUAAAUGGCCCUUUUCUCAAGUUCUUUCUCAGGGAUUCUUUCAGUUGUCAUUUUGGGUUAGUGCUAAGUUUGUUACUUAGUGUUCAAUACAAAGGUGUCUCUAACCUCGCUUGAGUUUCACACAUUUGCACCGUAUGUUGAUUGCAGCCAUGGGCUAAUCAUUAGUAUCUUUCAAUCAUACACAUUUCAUGUUAUGUAUGUAAAGUCUAUGAUUCUAAAUGAUGCAUAAAAUUGAGAACUGAACAUAAGGAACAAUAAAGAAGUACAGAUUUCACAUUUCACUCAGUAUAUAAUCAUAAAAAAGUCACAAUUAUUUUAUACUGAGCAGUAGGUUCCUCUGCCACCAAAAAAAAACAACAAAAAAAAAAACCCAAAAACAAAACACACACACAAAAACAAGCACAUGGUGCACACCACAGAACAUUUAUUUUCCUUACAUCUUCUUAAAUUCCCAGUGUUAAGCUGAAAAUGAUAGAUCCUCACACACUAAGUAUGGCAGAGGUUUUUUGCAUGUACUUUUGUGGUAAGACCUAAGCUUUAUGGAAACUCCCACAUGUUAAAGAGCACUUGCCAUCACUUCCUUCCUCUGAAGACCUGCUGAAUUAUGUGUGAGCUGACAGUGGAAAAUAAGCACAACUGAAAAAAAGAUUGGCAGAGCAAGAUUUUGAUCAGUCGCCAACUUUAUAAGAUUGUUAUUUGCACGCAAGUUCUUUCUUCUACUCUCUUACAUGUCCACAGUAAGUUCAUAGCAAAGUGGAACAGAAAGAAAAGAGGAAACGGCCUGAUAUUGUUUGUGUAAAAGAGCAGCCAUGAGUAAGAAUUCUCUCUGUGUGUUUUUCAUCGUUUCCUUCCUGCAAACAGGCAUCUCCAACAGCAGGAUAUCCAUCAGUCUCAGUCAGGGGGGAGAUUACAUAAUUUUGACCUGUGCCCUAGCUGGAAAUGAAAGUCUAACUCAAGUCAACUGGGAGAUGGUGCAAGGUUCUAAUCACACCAAACUAGGAAUCUUCCAUCCUAGUCAAGGCAUCCACAUCUUCUCUGAGCACUCUGGCAAAAUAAAGAUUCAGGGGAAACAAACCCCUCUGGCAGCCUCAGACCUUUCUUUGCAGAAAGAAGCACUAAAUGAGAGUGGACUAAUCUGUUGUCAGUUCAUUACCUUUCCAUCAGGCAGUCUGAAGCAAUGUACUGACAUCAGCGAUGCAGUCAUAAGUGGGCCCAUAUCUCCAGCUGAACCCCAUGGAGCAGAACGAAAGCAGGGUUUAUUUGGGAAAUUUGGAGCUUUGACAGUCGGAUGCAUUCUUUCUCUCUUAUUUCUGGCCAUUCCUAUCUACACUUGCAAGAAGUGUUUCUGUAGGAGAAGACAAGUGCUUGAGAUACAGCAUGUAUCUACAGACCCAUCAACAUUUAUAGAGAUGUACACAGAAGAGACACAUGAAGUACAUCAUACACCCUCUCCCUCUGGCUUUGACCCCACAAAAUUAUACACAAAGAUUAAAGAGGAUCUAUAUUACGGCCGGCUAUGGAAGGCCUACCAAGGAAGAGCACGAGUAUCAACACAAGGGUGCCUGACUGGCUCAAGACAGAUUUACCAUUUAGGUGAGAAUCCUCUACCACAAAGGGAUCAGGAACACAGACCAAAAAUCCCAGAUGCAAUGACAAGGUCAUCAUCAAAAAGCAGUAUCUGAACAUACUGUCACCCACUAGCUACUAGAAGCUACCACUAGCACAACUGAACAUAUUGUGAAAAGCAUGUAAUUGUACUAUAAGGCAGUACUGCUUCUGAAGCUUACAAUUAAUUAUUAGGUAGCCAAAGUCAUAGGAAACACAGAAUGUGGAGUCCUUUUCAAAUUAAAUACAGCCACUCUACAAUGCAAAAACAGCAUUCGAAUUUCUGUGGUUUUGAAUAGUGUUUCUUUUAAGAGAUCUGUUUUCACUGGUGACAAAAAAAAUCCGGCGUAAAAAAAAAAAGAAAGGAAAAAAAACUGCCAAAUCAAAUAUGCAGACCAGUGAUCUGCUGUGGCGACCCCUAAUUGGAGCAGCCAAAAGAAGAACAACUGCAAUCAUAUAGCCAUCCUUUCUUCCAACCACUUAUACACCAUAUAGAAUUAUCCAUUUACUCCACUUAUCUCAUUUUAGCUCUUCUUUCUCAGUGAGUCUAUUUUUUAUACAUCCUCAGUGCCUUUCCCCCUACAAUUCUGUGGCAUGGACUGGAUGGGUUUCUGUUAGUUCACAGUUGUCACUGACAGGUUCUAAAUAGUCAUAGCAGCCACUCUUAUAAUGGUAGCUGCCACAGCACCAAAUAUGCUGCACUGCACAGUGGUAGUCACAAUAGUAUUCAUAAUGUCACAGUACAAGAAUUUUAAUGAGAGUUGUAAAGGCAGGUUGGACAGACAGCUCACCUCUGACUUGUGUUCUAGCUUGUGUUCUAGUUAAUGUGAUGUAUUUUAGAUAUGUAUGCAAGUGACUUUUUCUCCAUAAUCCAUCAUGCUAGGUGGCAUGAGGGCACUGCCCUACUUGAGUCUCCUAUGUGUAUGCACCAAGGAGCAGGCCAUUUCCUUUUAUGGCAUUUGACAGAUGCCCUUAUCCAGAGUGACUUACAGAAGUGCUUUGAAGUCUCUAUCAAUAAAUACAACCUGAUUCUGGUUCAUUAGGUCAUGGACUGAGAAUACUAUCAGUAUAAAAAACUCUGUUGGGGUGGUAAUAUAAUAAGAAAAGCAUACAGACAACACAAUAUUUUUUAAAUAAUUUUUAAAAAUAAAGUGCUAAUUUAAGUACUUCAUGAAGAGGUAGGUCUUUAAUCGUUGUUUGAAGACUGCCAGUGACUCAGCUGUACGGACAUCUAGGGGAAGUUUAGAGAUGGUGGGACCAGUCAAGCAGUGCUAGAAGAUUGGAGGGAGUGUGAUGCAGUGCGAGGUGUGAUAAUUUCUUUAAGGUAGUUGGGUGCUGGUCCAUUUCUUGCUUUUUAGGCAAGCAUCAGUGUUUUAAAUCUGAUGUGGGCAACUACAGGAAGCCAAUGGAGGGAACGUAGCAAUGGGGUGGUGUGGGAGAACUUACAGUCAGGUCCAUAAAUAUUGGGACAUUGACACAAUUCUAACAUUUUAGGCUCUAUACACCACCACAAUGGAUUUCAAAUGAAAUGAACAAGAUGUGCUUUAACUGCAGACUGUCAGCUUUAAUUUGAGGGUAUUUACAUCCAAAUCAGGUGAACGGUGUAGGAAUUACACAUAUGUGCCUCCCACUUGUUAAGGGACCAAAAGUAAUGGGACAAUUGGCUUCUCAGCUGUUCCAUGGCCAGGUGUGUGUUAUUCCCUCAUUAUCCCAAUUACAAUGAGCAGAUAAAAGGUCCAGAGUUCAUUUCAAGUGUGCUAUUUGCAUUUGGAAUCUGUUGCUGUCAACUUUCAAGAUGAGAUCCAAAGAGCUGUCACUAUCAGUGAAGCAAACCAUCAUUAGGCUGAAAAAACAAAACAAACCCAUCAGAGAGAUAGCAAAAACAUUAGGCAUGGCCAAAACAACUGUUUGGAACAUUCUUAAAAAGAAGGAACGCACCGGUGAGCUCAGCAACACCAAAAGACCCGGAAGACCACGGAAAACAACUGUGGUGGAAGAAUUCUUUCCCUGGUGAAGAAAACACCCUUCACAACAGUUGGCCAGAUCAAGAACACUCUCCAGUGUGUCAAAGUCAACAAUCAAGAGAAGACUGCACCAGAGUGAAUACAGAGGGUUCACCACAAGAUGUAAACCAUUGGUGAGCCUCAAAAACAGGAAGGCCAGAUUAGAGUUUGCCAAACGACAUCUAAAAAAGCCUUCACAGUUCUGGAACAACAUCCUAUGGACAGAUGAGACCAAGAUCAACUUGUACCAGAGUGAUGGGAAGAGAAGAGUAUGGAGAAGGAACAGAACUGCUCAUGAUCCUAAGCAUACCACCUCGUCAGUGAAGCAUGGUGGUGGUAGUGUCAUGGCGUGGGCAUGUAUGGCUGCCAAUGGAACUGGUUCUCUUGUAUUUAUUGAUGAUGUGACUGCUGACAAAAGCAGCAGGAUAAAUUCUGAAGUGUUUCGGGCAAUAUUAUCUGCUCAUAUUCAGCCAAAUGCUUCAGAACUCAUUGGACGGCGCUUCACAGUGCAGAUGGACAAUGACCCAAAGCAUACUGCAACCAAAGAGUUUUUGAAGGGAAAGAAGUGGACUGUUAUGCAAUGGCCAAGUCAAUCACCUGACCUGAAUCCGAUUGAGCAUGCAUUUCACUUGCUGAAGACAAAACUGAAGGGAAAAUGCCCCAAGAACAAGCAGGAACUGAAGACAGUUGCAGUAGAGGCCUGGCAGAGCAUCACCAGGGAUGAAACCCAGCAUCUGGUGAUGUCUAUGCGUUCCAGACAUCGGGCUGUAAUUGACUGCAAAGGAUUUGCAACCAAGUAUUAAAAAGUGAAAGUUUGAUUUAUGAUUAUUAUUCUGUCCCAUUACUUUUGGUCCCUUAACAAGUGGGAGGCACAUAUGCAAACUGUUGUAAUUCCUACAAUGUCCCAAUAUUUAUGGACCUGACUGUAGGAAGGUGGAAAACAAGUCAUGCAGCCGCAGUCUUGAUCAGUUGCAGAGGUUGAAUGGGGCUUAGAGGAAGAUCUGCCAGGAGUGAGUUGCAAUAGUCUAGUCUUGAAAUGACAAGGGACUGAUCAAGAACCUGAGUUGCCUGUGUGGUUAGAGCCGCACGAAUCCUUCUGAUGUUGUUAAGGAGAAAUCGGCAUGAGCGUGUCAGAUUAUCAUUGUGAGAAGAAAAGAACAGGUGAUUGUCCAUGGUCACCCCAAGGUUGUGUGCAGUGACAGAAGGUCCAGGGAGAUCACAAUAUCCUGACGGGGGAUGAAUCACCUGGGAUGAAGAGCAAUUCAGUUUUCCUGGAAUUAAGUUUCAGCUGCCAUUUAUGAUGAGAUGUCUGCCAGACAUGUUGAGACCUGAGCAGAAACAUGAGUUUGAGGGAGGGAAGGAGUCGAUGAGUUGAGUGUCAUCGACAUAGCAGUGGUAUGAAAACCCAUGAGGAUAUGACCUCACCAAUCAAGUUUAGAAGGAGACCAGAAGAGGACCAAGUACUGAGCCUUGUGGAACACCAGUGGAGAGUCUGCGUGGAGCAGAUGUGGAUCCCCUCCACUGGGGGGACAUCACCCACCUUGCACACAUUAUGGUGUUUGGUGAGGUACUGUCUUCUGUUGAGGAUGUUAGGACUGGUGAUGGCAGUUAUAGCAGUAAUUUUCCUAGAGGAGCCUAGCUUGCUGGAACCACAAGGCUUUCUAACAGAAGGUGAGUUUGGGAAUGGUGUCCCAUUCAAUGAUUUAUUAACAGGUGAGGAAGCCAUGUGUUGCCACUGUGUGACCCCAGGUGUAAUAUCAGAACACAUCAACCAGCUAGAAUUGAGAGCUGUGCAUUAUCUUCAACAACAAAAAUGGGUCUGGGCCAUUUCCUGCUAGCUAGGUGGUGCUGACUAGCUAAAAUAGCUGUGGCAGCCACUCAAAAUGUUAUGGGAUAUAGGAAAGGUUAGGUAAGGCACAGAUGGACCUCUUUGCCAAUGCCAAGUUAAUGCAUUUGUGAUUGUUGUUCUCACUGUCAAAUGGACAGCUGAUACAGGAUGCACUGGCCCAUGACUGGCCUCACAAUCUACUAUACACCUUUCCUCCUCUACCACUGAUUCUUCCCAAAUUACACAGAAGUUAACAACUAGACCACAAAGUCCUGUUUGUGGCCUUCAGAUGAGCAGCAAGACCUUGCACUAAAAGUGGGCUUUGAAUAGAAAAAAUAUCUUAACCUUUGUUGGACAGUGCGUUCUUUGCUUGCCCUGUCUGGAUGCACGACUUCUCCAUAUGAUGAUUCUGAGAUCUCUCAAAGGGGUGGAGCCAUAACUGCCAGUAACCAACUGCCAGUCACUGAAACGGUAAUGCACAUGACUCAUCUCAAACUUAAACUUAUCAAUGCCAGUUGGAAAUACUUGGAGCUGCAGUAGUGGUUAGUAUCCAAAACAUUUUUUACACACUAGUAUGUCUUAGUUUAUCUUUGUAAUUUGUAAAUAUUGUAAAUAAAUUGUAAGUAUAAAGUCCUGUUUAAAAUUUGUUGUUUAUAAGUCUAGCUACUUUGUUAGCUAGCUAACAAACAAAAGUUAGCUGCUUUGUGGCACAAAUUAAAAGACACUGGUAAUGUUGUUGACCUGAUUUUAGAAAAGCCUUUUGACGCUCAAACUUAUGAGGAGAGCAUGAAAAUUAAACAAGAAAGCAGACAUCCAAAUUGUAAUUCAAAAAUCAGGGAGCACUUUUGGUAGAGUAAAAAUGAUUGGCUGAUUGGCAGUGCUGUAGUGAUUCUCACUGGAGGUUAGGAGGGGUGAAAAAAAUGCUAGUUAGAAUGUAUCUGUCAUUAUAUAAACCACAGAUAAUCUCCAGGGUUCCUUGUCAUUUGGAACUGACACUGAGAACUCAGUAAGGUUCAGGUUCCAGGGAAAAUAAUUCAAAAUAAUGCAUCAUAUGGCACUUUGUAACUUUGUUGAAAAGUUUCAGUGUUUGCACGUGCACUAGAAGGAAUUAUUGGCCCUGGGGUUCACACAAUUAUAGUUACUUAUGUAGCUAGCAGUUUACUAUGUUUUUGUUCUAUAUGUCUGAAUGUUGAAUGUCUUCAUGCUGAAUCAUCACUUGAGAUUCUCAACUCAUAUUAAUAUUUGAUGCUUACAUGAAGUAUACCUGGUUGUAUGUUCCAAAAUACAAUGAUAAGUUUUAUAUAUGAUGUUUUAUAUAAUAAUUUAACUCUACGUGAAAGUCUUUAUGUAAUUUACUUUAAAAUACUUUGUAAUUUAAUGUAAUUCUAAUUUCUAAUUUGUUAGAUCAGUUAUUCUUGUUAUGUAUAUGAAAAUAAUAAAUUUCUUUUGCAGUAAAG